AUGAAGCCAGCGCGCUUCCCCUGCGGGCGCGCCGCCGAGCGAGCGCGUGAGCCUCACCCUGGGGGACUUCUUCGCGGCCUGCGCGGCGGCGCGCGACGGCCCGCCCCGCUUCCUGUACUACUCGGGCCGCGCAGAGGAUCAGGGUGGCCGGCGCGUGGACGACGUGGAGCCUAUCUCAGGGGGGGAUCCCUGGAAGCGGGGCCGGGCGUGCCAGACAACGCCACCGUGAACACGUGGCUCGGAUGCCGUGGGACGGUCAUGUCUGCGCACUACGACCUGUCCCACAACUUUUUCGUGCAGGUCCUCGGCUCGAAGACCUUCCACCUCUUCGCGCCGUCCGCCUCCGGAGCCCUGUACACGGCCCCGAAGGGACAUCCGCAGAGCAGGCAGUCGAUGAUCCCGGACCUGGAUGACGUCGACCUGCAGCGCUUUCCGUUGGCCGCGCGGCUCUGGUGCGAGAGAAGGAUGGUUGCCCAGCUGGGCCCUGGCGACGUGCUGUACGUGCCGCCUGGGUGGCUACACCGGGUGCAGUCGGGGCUCGACGUCUCGGUGGGCGUCAACGUGUUCUCCGAGUCCGCGGAGUCCGUCGCCGCCGGCGAGGCGGAGGCGAUGCCGCUGCCCUUCGAGGAGAGCUGGAGCUGGCCAGAGCAGCUGGCAGCGCUGGCCGCCUUUGUGGGCAGGGUGUUCGCCAUGUCGGGGGAGGACCGCGAUGAGGUGGGGCUGCAGCGGCACCUGGAGGACUGGGCGGCCUCGCGGUGGGGCGGCCUGCUGGACCCCUCUGCGGCGCCGCUGCUCGCCGCCUGCGGCGGCGCGGCGCCGGCGCUGCUGGCCUCGCCGCACUUCGAGCCCGCCGCGGUACGCUUCAAGAUGCGUCAGGCCGGCGCGUGGGAGGCGGCGGCCGGCGGCGGCGGCUUGGUCGCCCCGGCCGCGGCUGCCCCAGCUGCUGAUGCUCCUGCCGCUGCCGCCUCCCCCGCGCACGUGCGGCGGUGGGCGGCGGCGGCGCUCUGGGCGCCCUUGCUGCUGUUGACGGCGCUGCCAUGUCCGCCUCCCCCACCUAGAGGCCGGAACCGAGCGGCGGCGGCUGGCGGCGGUGCCGCGGCUGCCCCGCCUCCGACCGCCCCUGCUGCUGCUGGCGCUACCGCCGCCGCCGGCGCCCUGCUUGCGGCGGCGGCCUGCAACGGCUGCCGGCUGCAGCGCGCUCGCCGCCGCGGCCGCCUCGCGGCCGCCUUCGCUGCCACUGCGCUGACUGGCGCAGCUCCGCUGGCUGCAGCCUCAGCCGCUGCCGCGGCCGCCGCCGCUGCUGCUGCCGCCCCACCGCCGUCGGCGGCGGCGGCGGCUGAGGGCGCGCGGUUCGGCAUCGCGGCUGCGCCUUACCGCGCCCCCCACGCGGGCGCACGGGCACCUGGCAACGACCUCCCGUAA